CGUCGUACAAUUAUCGAAUCGCAAUAAUAUCGAUAACAAUUAACAAUGAGACUUUAGUAAGACUGUCGUAAGAUCUUUCAAGUUUUCGUAUUCUUAGGAAACAGAUAAGUAAGUACUUACAUAUUCAUGAAUGGGAUGUAUAGGUUAUCUCUCUGUACCGAUCGAAUGUAAUCUUGAUUUCUAAAUGGCGCCAAUACGAAGUAUCGACCGAGAAUAACCGAGGAAUGCCGAACGUAUUUAAAUUAAAAUCACGUGAUCGAUUUCGAUUAUUUUCAAAUAAUACCGAAGACCGAAGAAAAUGAUUGUAAGAAAAUUCGUGGGCGUUCCAAAUGAAAAGACAAAAGUCUCUCGAAAUCGUUUCCUAGUUUCACCGACUCUCGCUGAAAUAGACGGAAGGAAGACGUAUUCAUGCUCUGUUUAAGAAGUUAUGCCAUCGUACAAAAUCAAAUCCUGGACAUUGUCGUUGAUGUUAAUCUUCAUUACGUUCGAUUGGACGAGUUCAGAGGGUGGUACAACAAUUGGAAAUAGAGAUGGUUGUGGUGAAAGAUUGGAACGUGCUUUGGAUGCACUUCAAAGAGAUUCGAAUAGAAGAAGGAAUAGAUUAGAAGAGGGAGAGGGUCGAGAACCAAAUUAUCAAGAAGAAUUACGUUCGGCGCCAUUAGCAAUGACAAUUUCACGAAUCGUAGUUAAGUUUCCACAGAGUGGAAGAAGUCGAGGAAGUUCAUGGGCAAGAGUCGAAAAAUGUUUUUUCGAACCUUCGAGUAAUUCAUUAAAAACUAGAGUAACAUUCAAUGAUUUAUCAGUAUCAGGAACAGUAUCGUUGUUGAUGAGAGAAGAACGACGAUCUCAUAUACCUUUGGAAUCAUGUAGAAUGACUCUACGAUUGAGACAAGCUGGUAUAGAUAUUUUCACUGGUACAAUUGCCAGAGCUCGUGGACAAAUGCGUAUACGUACAGAAUCGAGCUUUUUAGAGCCAAGAUUUGCUUCGCUCUACGCCUAUGGAUGUCAUCCAAAUCGUCAUGACAAACAGCUUAAAAGACAGGACAAAUGGCCACCUUAUUAUCCUCCUCGUGACGAACUUUCUGUAUUAUCAGCUGAACCGCGUCGUUUAUUCACCGUCUCCGAGGAUGUAGAUCUAUCAAUAGCAAAUGAAAGUCGAGUUGCACGUACUUCAGGUGGACAAAUAAGAAACUUGAGUAACUGGAGAAAUAAUCUUUGGAUCACUAAAUCAGCUGUACGUCGAAGAAGAGGAAUUACAAAACGUAAUACGAACGAUAUAACAACGAUUGUAACUAAAAAAGAUAAUAAAGAUCAUACUGAGGAUCGUCAAGGAUCUAAUGGUACAUCAACGGAGAUCGAAAUAACACCGGGUGAUUUUGUAACUGCAUUGGUCAAUAGUAAAAAACUUUUAGAGGCGAAAGAAUCGAUGAAUGAAUCAACGACGACAACCACGACCAUUGAUCUUCUUGAUCAUUCUGUUAAUUUAUUAAAAAACGAAACUAUUGACGAUUGCCACGAAGAAAAAUCAAAUUUCAAAAGGGAAUACACCUUUAAUGAACCACCAAGAGUAGAAUCUAGGGAAACUCUUUUAUUGGAUGAAAAUAUUUAUGAUGCUUUUAUGGUUGGUCUUAAUGACGACGAGGACAACGUUGACAAUAAUGACGACGAUAAUGGUAAUAAUCGAAGUUGGCAAUCAAAGGAAUAUAUUGCCAGAGAAAUGGAAGAUAUUUUUCUUCGUGGUGCCAGUAGAACAUUGACCAGUUAUAUUGAACGACAAUUACAUCCUGCUAUCAAGGAAGCUCUUAUGAUUUCUAUGGGAUAUACCAUUAGUUAUGGAUAGAUCGUAGAUAUGUAGAUAGAUACUAACUACAUCGAAUCGGUGUAAUUACAAUUAGUUAUUUAUUAGCAAUAAAUAUAUUAUUGUUUGUCUCUUCGAA